GCAAAAAAGUCUAUAACUGAUGCAUAUAUGAGUUAUACAUAUUUAUUCAUGACUUGUAAGUAUAUAUAAUCUAAUUAUGAACCGUUUUAACUUACUUUAUGCACUGAAAAGGGCCCAGAACUAAAAGAUCUUUUUUGAUUAUAUGAUUAUUAUAUCUUACCUCAAUAUUUAGCCAUAAUAUAGACUUGCUGUCACUUUAUUAGACACAUCUGCCUUGCUGAAGCACAUUGUAGGUGAACAGGAGCACAGAGCUGCUCUUGAUUGGAUACCUUUGGGGGUUGGAGCCCUCUCAGCCUAGCAGUGACACUGAGGUAUGUAGAACCACAGCAGCACCGUUGUGUGUUAUACACUUGUAGCAGCGCCACACACUGUUCUGAGACAGCACACUGUUAUACACAAGCUGCCAAUCAUGAACCUAUGUACCUUUUCAAAUUCUUAAGAACUAAUGAUUUGUUCAUGUUUGAAAGUAUGAAUGGACACAUUGGCAACAUGAACUAUCGUUGAACAUUUGCUGAUUUUCAAAGCCUCAUUAUCUAGUCAUUUAUUCAUUUUCCAAUUCUGAUGAGCAAGUGAUUCAUUAACAUAUUUGUAAAUAUGAAUACAUGCAUUGGUAACUACAUGAACUGUCAUUUGUAAACAUUGUUCAUUUCAAAUUCUCAUGAACUCAUCAUUGGUUCACAGCUAUUAAUCAUUAGUUAAUGGUAUGUUAAUGAAAGUUAUGAUGAAGUGUUUUCAAUGUAUUUCUCUUCCUCAAGGGUCACUACAUUCUGUCCACUUGACUGUAGCUUCUCCCUCAUUGGUCAGCAGUGAGCGUAAUAUAAUGUACAAUGCGCUCUGACGUCAUAAUGGACUAAAGGCUACAGGCUGUGAUGUCAUAAAGGUGAUGCAGAUAAGUUCCGUCACACGGCUGUUCCACAACAUUCCGUGUGGAGCCGUGAAGAGAUCAGCUGCUACAAUGAGCUGCCUCUGGUUCUUGUGCUGCCGAGUCCAUGAGGACUCGGACACAGACAGCGAGAGAAAGGAGGAGCAGCAGAGUGAAAAGAAAAAGAAAGGAAAGAAGAAGAGGAGCGGGAGGAAAUGGAAGAUGCAGUGGAAGAAAGCAAGGAAGAACAACAAGAACAAAGACGAAGAAGAAGAAGAAAAAAGGAGCCAAACAAUCCAGCAGCCAGCAAAGUUGGAGGAAGAGGCUGAUGUUGUGGACCUGCCAGUAGGCCUCGUGUCCGGCAGCCUUAAAAGCAUCUCUCCUGAGACGCCGGAGAACACGGCACCUCCACAACAGCAGAACCUCACUGAAGAGACGGAUGAAACCAAAAAACGUCUAAUGAAUACGCUGCUGGAUGAGGUUGAGGCACAAAUGGAGCAGCUUCUGAAAACUGAGACAGUGAUGAUGAUUGGAGAACCUCUGGAGAAACAUCUGGAUCAUCCAGUGAGCACCAAUGAUGAUGCUGCUAAAGCCAUCAGAGAGCUCCUGGAGGUCCUGUUUGCUGAUGCUCUGAUGGCGAGUGUCCAGCCUCUGAAAAAUGAGAUGAUUACAAAGAAGGCUGCUGAAGCUGAAGCUGAAGCCAUCGAUGCGUUCAUGAGCAUCUCAGUCGAGGACAAUGAGAAGGAACAUCUGGAGGAACCUCUGGAUAAUCUAGUGAGCAUAACUGAUGACAAGACUGGAGUCAUCAGUGAGCUCCUGGAGAUCCAGCUGGAGUAUCCAGCGAGUGUUCAGCCUCUGUGUAAGUAAAGUUGAUGAGCAGAUGUCGUGAUGAUGAUAACAAAUUCUGGUUGCUUUCACACCUCCUUUGUUUGUUCCA